AUGGCUCAAGCUGAAAUUGCAAUGCUAAGGGAGAUUAAUCUGCAGAGUAGCAGUAGACCAGAAGAGAGGACAACAACAGCAACUUUAAACCAGUCUUGGCAGCCACCUGAGUGGCCUUUUUUCAAAGUCAAUUUUGAUGCAGCAUAUGAUAAGACUUUGAACAGAAUGGGGUUGGGAAUCGUCAUGAGAGAUAGUGAAGGGAGCCUUCAAGCGUGUUUAACAGCCUCAAAAGAACAGGUUUUCUCAGCUGCCCAAGCAAAAAGAGCAGCCCUGCAAAGGGCUAUGGAUAUGUGCAUUGAGAUGGGUAUGAACCAAGUUAUCUUCAAAGGGGAUUCCAAAGCAGUCAUUGAUACAAAUACUUCGAAAAAUGAAGAUAAUUCUUGGCAUGGACAAGAGACAGAGGACCUACAACAGCUGCUCAAGCUUCAUCCGACUUGGAGGUUAUUUUUUGCAUAUAGGUCUGCUAAUCAUGCUAUUCACAUUGCAGCUAAUGAAGCCAUUAAGGAAACUAAUGAGAAAGUGUGGCUAGAAGAUGAACCCAUGGUGGUCAAAGUUUAUGUAUUAAAUGAUGUAUCUCGAAUUUUACCAGUUGAUUAA